UUCAACACUACUAUAUAACAAAUAAUUUGAGAAUGUGCUAGUGUUUAGAAAGGUGAUGGGAAAAAACUCGAGGGAAAGAAUAACCUCCUCCACACCUACCUUACAGAAAGAGGUGGGGGAGUCGGAGACAGUUCCCGUCCUGAAGUUCCUUUCUGGUAAUAAUAGGCUAAACAUAUGGCCCGAAUGGGACGACGCCAGUCUUGCUAAUGAGAAGUGGGACGUUCCUGCCAAGGGUAAAAGUGAUAGAGCUGCCCGUACACCCGGCACUCUGUUUGAAGACCCAGAGGGUUUGGUUCUCCUUCCGGCUAGUCUCAAAGUGGAUACAUGGAGACGACCAGGAGAUUAUCUCGGAGACAAGGUACUCUCGGCUGCAUUUCCUCAAACACAAGGACGGAAAAGUAUCGUUAGAUUAAGUUCAGUGCACACCACAAUGUCAGUUCAACCGCAGUCUGCACAGAUGAGAACACCUAACAACAAACAGGCUCAAACAGUGGUCGAAGAUCCGGACCAAACAUGCAGACUGAACAUACUGAUCCCAAACCAAGGUAUCUUCAAGCAGAGCGAACUCGUACGAUCUAUCAUCACGCAGAUAUCUUUACUUUAUCAGACUGAGGCUCCCUGUGCUCCAGGACUUAGGACUGAUGGAAAUGUAUCAGGCAGUGACGUUUGGAAGCCCUGGCACCACCUCUACCCCCGCUCCAAACCACCUAACUCUUUCCCCGUCCACUCCGCUUCCGGGAAGUACGCAGUCAAGCUCUUCUGGAUGGGAAUAUGGAGGAAGAUCAUUGUUGACGAUCAGAUCCCAUUUGAUGCGGAGGGAAAGUGUUUAUUACCGCAGUGCGAUAACGAAUCUGAGCUCUGGUUGCCUAUCUUGUCUAAAGCUAUCAUCAAGGUCGCCUCUUUAGAUUUUCAGAGCGGAUAUCCCGAUCGUGAGUUCUCAGAAGUCUCUGUUAUUCAAAUGUUAACCGGUUGGAUGCCUGAAGUCAUUGACGUCAAGAACAGAGGGAAAGAAGAUAUUUGGAAUCUGAUUGACAGCAGCAUUCCUACCUGGACUGAAGAGCAACCCCCUUCAGAUACAACUUCAGUACAUUCUACAGCCCAGUCGGUUAUCUCAAACGUGCCGACCGCUAACCCAACCGCCAAGGAACCAGCCCUCAUUUUCGGAUCGUACGAUAUUGGGUUUAACGGUGAUGAACCCAUCGGAGUACCCGAGAUAAAAGCGGAGGUAGGAGGGACAAGUUUCAGCGGACUACCUCCCCCAAUGAUAUGGCUAACGGAGACCCGCAAGACUGCCAUACCCCCUCCUAAACCAACGCCGUUCAUGGUGGCGGAUCCCUCCACUCAGUUAAGACCAACAGAGGCACUGUUUCAACUGAGACAACAAAGACAACAGCGUAUUAAGCACGAGUUACUUCUGAAAGAGCUUGCUGCCACCUCACCUAAACUUAUACAUGCUACAAGUGCUUUCCCUAAUUUCGAAGAAGUAUUAGGAGAUUACGUCCCUGACACAUGUGCAUCACAAGCUCGUAGCGUUUCAAAGAAGAAGGAGCCAGAGAAGAAACCUGAUAAGAAGAAACCUGAGAAUGCCAAAUCGAAUAAAGAUGGCAGUGAGAAAAAUAAGCCUGAGAAGAAGAAAGAGGAUAAGAAAAAGAGCACAGACGAUAAGUCUGAGAAAGCAGAAAAGAAGAAGGAGAAGAAAAAGACACCAGACCAGUCCCAACAGGAAAUACCGCCCGAGACAAGCUCUCCUUGUGAUGAGGAACGUAACCAGGCAAAGACAGAUUGGAAGACCGUCAAGAAUAGUGUAACUAACAACCAAGAGCUGGCCGAAGAAGAGGAAAUUCCAGCAGUUUCACCUCUUGUCUCUUUCUGGAUUGAAUUCAACCAGUUCUUCGGAUCCUUUUCGAAACUCUACGUGUUCCACAAAGCCAAUAGUUACUCCUGUCAUCGCUCCGUCUCAGACAUGAGGAAUGUGUCACCCUCGUCCAUGAUAGUACCGACCGGAGGCCGCAGGACAGCCGCCGGGCAGAGCGGUGCUGUUACCAGUGCAACUCAUUUGAGGGGGAUACCAGCUCCCUCACCCAUUCCUGCAACUGGAUCAGUCCCUCAACACAACCACUCCCUACUUCAAGGGCAGCCUGGAGAGAUACAACCUCCUCUUAUCAUUUGUCUUGACAGUACAGAUCCAAUAGAAGUUCUGGUGAGUUUCACGUCUCUCUCACACUGGCACGAUGCUCCCAUAAUAAUCAACCCAACCCUCGGACCAGUCUUCACGUCAGAUAAUAAACUGGGCUACAGUGCUGCUGAGGUUGUUGAACAGAAUUCUAACCCUGAAAGCGAUCACACGAUUGUAGUGCCAGGAAGACUCGAACUAUCAAACUACAUGUGGAACGAAAUCAGAGCCACACUAGAGGUUAUUUCCACCAUGGAAACGACCGCCACAAAGACAUGUCGGCUGACCUUACCCGCCGGACUGCAUACUUUGCGCCUUUCUGUGGCCGCCCCCUACGCCUGGCAUGCUGACUUUGUGAGCAAUACUCCCUUCGUUAUUGCAGACACGGAGUCUUUUGUGAACCAUGUCAACAGGGAGAGUUUGAGGUACCAAGCAGCGGCACUGAGGUUGAUGAAGAUGGUAGGUGAGAGUGUGGAGAACUUUGGGGAUCCGGAAGAUGUGGGCAAGACUGUUCAGGAGAUAGCAUGUGCUGAUAAGGGCAGAGAUAAGGACCUAGUUUUCCCCGACAUCAAGGCUUUUUUCGAGUCCUUGUUCCACAUGCUGGAAAAAACACUGGGAGAUCAGAUCACGUCCCAACACCGAGAGGCCUGGACCACCUUCUCCACAACUGUAGUCAGAGCAUACAAGAUUGGUAAUGGUGAAAACCUGUUCGGCAUCUUCGAAACAGAUCCUGUUCCCUUUAAAAAGCAGAUGGAACCGUCUGAGGUGUUCGAUACACCGGGAGAAAAGGAAGAAGAAGAAAAGAAAUUUACUGAAAAAGAUGAGAAAGCGGCUAAAACGAUUCAGAAGCAUUUUAAAGGACACCACGUCCGGAAGAGAACCCGUGCUGUUCAGAAGGGUACAAAAGUGAAUCUGUCGACAAAAGGAGCGCUCCAAGACAGCUGGGGAAAACUUGAGGGUGAUGAAUUACAGCAUGGACUGAAUAUCCUCAAGAAAAUGUUUACUUUAAAACCAGACUUACUUGAUCAAUAUUCUUUCAAAGAAGACAUGGAAAAGUGCGCAUAUUAUGUUGAUCAUCAUGGUAACCAUGGGGAUAUUCCUGCGAGAAACUGGUUCUUAUUAUUCAGGGAAACGUUCACGGCCACCAGAGAAGCUAUGGUUACAGUCUCAGUUACUGCUGGAGUAUCUGGACUUCUGCUCCGGAUUAUUGACAACGACACCGGAAAAGAAAUCCCAACCAUCUGUAACCGGCCUAAACCUUACCUGUUUAAACCCAACAAGAUUGGAUACACGUUCCUGUGUGAGGGUAAGACAUUGGAAGGUGCACUGGCAGGAGGCAAGUACCGACUGAGAAUGGUCGGUAACUCUCCUGAACUCCUCACCCCAGUCAGGGACAUUGCUUCAUCCGGUGUGGAGACUAACGAUAUCAAGGAAUACUACACACCAGAGAGACACAAUAUCAUGUUCAGGUACGCAGUUAAUGUUUUAGCAGAUACUCCAGCGACGGUUCAAGUUAGCACUUCUAAGUCAGAUGUCAACUUCAGAGUCGAGAUAUUCGAUGGAGAAGACCAGCUAUUCAAACAAGAAGGAAUCGGACACAUCGUCGUGCCCUGCCUCACAUUCUACACGGACGAGGACAGCUCCUCUAAAGGAAGGAGAACGCCCCAAAAAACACGUGAGGUCCCACCUGAGAAGGGUGCUAAGAGUACCACUCUUAGCACCACCUUGCCCCCGGCCACCACCACCGCCAUCACCUCCUCCCUUCUUCCCCGUACUAACUCAACUACUAAGGACAUUAUAGGUGCAAAGAGUGGCACUAAGUCUCCGGGUAGGACUAAAACCCCCGUCGCGGCGGACCCGGACGCUGCCCCUCGCAAGAAGAGUCACCGUUACAUAGUGCAAGCCACUGUGUUAAGAGAUUCCUGGAACAACAACGAAUCACCAUGGCAGAGUAUUCUAGAUCAGAUAUUGCCAAAAGAUUCUGAUGCAGUCUCAGAUAGACCGACGUCAGGCAGCAUCGCAGAAGAGAAACCCUCAACUCCCAACAAGAAAAGAGGAGCAAGGGAAGAGAAGUCGAAUCCUAAGAAUGCUGCCAAACCGGGACAAAAGGCGCCUUCGCCAGCUUUCGAUGAAUCAAAACCUUAUUGGCUGUUGAGAGUCUGCGCAGAUGCGGGCGAAGAGGUGACACUGAAACGAGAUACACAAAGAGAAGAUGAAAUAAAGAGUAUCAAAGCAACAUGGGAGGAGCUCCAGCCAGGGCGAGCUGCUAAGGCUAAAGCAUUGAGAGAAAAAUAUCUUGCCCGAAAAGCAGAGGAAGCUGAAAAGGAAGCGAAGGAGAAAGCAGAAAAGGAGGGUGAGGAGAAAGUAGAGGAGAAACCGAAAGUGGAGGAAAGACUUAGCAUAGGAGACGGUGCUGAAGCUGAGGCCACCAAGGAUGAACAUUCGGGAACUGUAACCUUCUCCGUGUCGGAAAUGAGACCACCUUCUCCCAAAUUCUACCAGAUUCCACCUCCUUUCCAGCCGUACGUCAAGGGUGACUAUGAUGAUGUCCUCUUGUUUGACGACGAAGAAAAUCUCCGACACCUUGAUGAACAUCGUGAGAAGGUGGAAGAGUUCCACGACGGAAGAAAAAAUGUUCUGGACGGUCGAAUGGAAAAUAGAGCUCAUAGAAAUGAUUUGAAGGAGCAACUACUUCUAACAGCUGAGAACAUGCAGGUGGAGGUAGACUCGCUGAGGGAGGAAAUGUUCUCACUGAGAGACACACUGCGACAGAAACAGUUAGCGGAGGAAGCAGCCAGGAUAGCUGCCAUGGAACCAGAACAGGUUACCACACCCUCACCCAAACCACCAUCCGCCAAGAAACCGAAGAGUCCAAAGGGUGCAAAGAAAGGGAAGAAAUGAUGAGACUGUGUUUGAGUUUAGAUAAUAAAUGAGACAGCUAAGUUAUUUCAAUUAGGAUGAGUGCAGUGGAAGUUUUGCAUGUGACUUGAAUUUCUGCUUUCGAAUUUUAUUAAAAGCUAAAAGAAUUAAGAGGAACUAUUUAUUAUUAUGAUCGAGAGAAUUCAGAUUUAGAGAUGUUAGUCAACUUUUUGUUAUUGGCUCAAAA